AUGAUCAAAGUCCACCACGCUGUGAUACGUACACUUGGGCCUAAAGUUCAGAAUCAGAGGCUGAACGUGAGCUCUUCACCAAUGGAGGUAGGAUUAGUUGAUGACAUGGCGGUCAGACUACUUCUGUUUGUAUUUUCAUGCAUCGUUUUAGGUAACCAUGCAGAGCAGUCAUGUGGAAUUGCAAAUGUUCAGGUUGAGAACGAAGACGGGACUACUCAAGUGUUUGAAGUGAAGCGGCUCGAGCCGGUGAAAGGCGAAUCAUGCAGUCUGUGUACUCUGAAACCCGUCAACUUUGUACCACGGUUGACAGCACUCGAGUCCAAUGUUUUCCUAGCAGUGGGAGAAGUCGUCUCACAGUGUGAUGACCCCAGUGCUGAUCUACCUGAAGGACUAUGUUCCUCCUUCAAGGACACUGGGCAUUGUUCCAAGGAUUCUGUAUGCAGCCAUGAACCUGAGGACCUUGCAGAUGUUAUCGUGAAGAAGGGUUUUGUGCCAAUGUCAACUGGAGAUGUGGAAACUGAUAAGCAAUUGGCUUUAGGAAUAGUUUUGAUGAACUCUGGAAGUCUUGAGGAAUCAAUUAAGGUUUUGCUGACUGUGAUAAGGGAUAAACCCGAGACACUGGCAGCCUACUACAUUCUUGGAAUUGCUCACGUGAGGAGAGGUGUUCAGGAGAGAGGUAAUGCUGUGAGUGCCAUGCGAGACUUCACUGAGGCCAUAAAGAGAAGUACCACACAGUUUGAACCAUAUGCCAGACGGGCUGAGCUUCAUUUGGCUUUAAAAGAUUAUGAUGAGGCUUUAAGAGACCUGAUUAGGGCAGAGGAAUUUCACCCUGACAGCAAAGUAUACUUCAUGAGGGGUAUCAUCCAUCUGCUUUUAGAGAACUUUGUUGAAGCAGAGGAUGAUUUUAAGAUGAAUCUGAAGAAUGAGGAUCACUUAUAUCUAGCCUCUUAUUAUCACCUGGGGCUGACACUGUACUACCGUGGUAAAAUCAGGAAUGCCAUUGAAGUGUUUAAAGAGGUUUUAAAAAUCAAACCUGAUUUUGUUGAUGCCUCUACAAGUUUAGCACAAGCUUUCAGAGAACUAGGUAACUUGCGAGCUUCCCGUGCUAAGUUCAACCAUUCAUUAAAUACCAACCCCAGUCACAGCCAGACACUCCAGCUAAGAGGAAAUAUGUUGUACCACAGUGGAGAGACUGUGAAGGCUGCCCAGGACUUUAAAAAAUGUUUAGAAAUAGAUCCGGAGAACAUCAACUGUCAGUAUAUGUUAGCGUUGUGUGAUGCAGCAAUGGGCCGGUUUUAUGAGAGUGUCAAGUCUACAACUAAAGUGAUGGUGAAAAAUUCCAAUGUUAUGAGGGCCUCGCCAGAAUUUUUGAAAGCACAUUAUCUAAGAGAAUAUGUACGAUAUCUACAUUCCCACCUCGAUCAGCCUAUAACAGACUUAAAGCUGGACGAAGAUUUAUCAGAGGAAUUCAGAGAUCACUGGGCCAAACUUUUACCUUUCCAAUUUCGAAAUGCAUAUAAAGAGCAGCCAGGCUUACAACCAGAUAUAAAAGAUGUUGUACCUACAUUGAUAAAACAAUAUCCUACCAAUAUACAGAAUUUAAUAUGUAAAGCAGAUAAAAUAGGGAUGUUAACCCAGGUAAACACAGAUGGCUACACCCCUAACAGAAAGCUUAAUAUGGCUAUGGGAUUGGCAUCAAUACAUAUAUCACAAAUUUUAGAGGCAAGAUGGAAAGGAUUACGACAAAACAAACAAAUGGAACGAUCAUUAACCUGGAGAGAGAUUUUUGAUGUAGCUGUGAAGUAUCGUCGCCUGGUAGACCCAGAACAGGCAGUACUAUGGCUAGAUACAAUGCCUGAUCAUACUACUGAUGGUUACAGAACUGAUAUUAGCUUUAUAAGGGGGUCUGUGUAUAAUGUUAAAGUGUUACAGUACUUUGACCUGGUAUUUAAAUUAGGAAAGACUAUGUUGGAACACUUUUCUGGAGAAGGAUCAGUAACAUAUUCUGGAUUAAAAGAUGAUAUUGAAAAAGCUAAAACUUGUGAAGAUUUAUUAGACAUUGCUAAAAAACGACAGAUAAAUCAACAGGGGUUUUUGGUUGCCACACAGGUACCCAGCAGUAGGCGAGAUAAUAAAGAUGAUGACAGACUGGAUGGCUCCAUGCUUGUCCUGACUAGAGACAUAAAUCACAAAGUUUUAUUUUCCAUGAAUGUGGUAAAUAGACAUGCCAGGACAAUGGCAUACCAUGCUGAGCUUGACUCGGUGUUUAAUCAACUACAGGAAGAGAUCAAGAGGACAGGAGUGACUAAAGUUACAGAUGUUGAUUCAGUGCUGAAUAUCAUCCUUACUUUGGCGUACUAUUUCUACAAUCUGAUGCCCCUCUCACGGGGAUCAAGUGCUGUUGCAUAUUCUGUGGCCUUGGGAGUUAUCAUGUCCAUUGGAAGGCAAGUCACAGGCAAAAUGCCUAAUGGCAAGUUAGUGGAGAUGGAAGCCAUGCUAUCUGGGGCACCGGAUGUUUUUAUACUCAUGUCAAAACAAUGGAUGAAUAUAAAAAGGUUAAAUAUUCCUACCUCCUUGUUGCCAAAGGUGUACGAAGCUUUCCCCACCACAAGGAAUGUGAUUGAAGUUCUAAAUGUUAAUACAGAUGCCUGCCAGUAGUCCUAUACACAAACCCCAGUAAUACAACCAUUCCUUCACUAAGUCGCAGCACAUGUUUUUAAUGAUAAUGUUAUUUGUUAAUUUUUGCAGUGAUUGAAUACAUUUUUUAUUUACCUGUGUUCAUUUUUUUUUUCAAUGUUUGCGUCCUUAGUUUUUCAAUGACUUACCUGUGUUUGAUUUCAGCUAGGGUCUUUCAUGAUCAAUCAUAAGUUUCAAUUAAGAGGAGCCACAAUGGUAACAUAUUUCAAAAACUGAGUUUUCAACAAUACUCUAUCAUUUGACCUGAGAAGAACUCUGUUGUGUAAACUACAAUAGCACUUUCACAACUUGUUAUCAUCUGUCCAGUGAUAUUUUUUGGCAUUAAAGAAGGGGCAGUAAGGUUUCACCUCAUCCAAUAGAAAUUAAACCUGUUUCAUUUCAUGGACAGGAGAUGUCUCGACACUCUGUUAUGCUAUAAGAACAGUUUCAUACCAGAAAAUCAGAUUGACAUUGGAAAUUUUUGCCAGCUUGACCUAUAUUUCAAUAUCAGUAAUAACUAUGAAAUUUGAUCUUUUAGCAUUAAAUUGAAAUCUGUUUACCACAUGUGUCACCUGGUGUAAUCUUAGAACCCUGAAUUUACAAACAUAAUAAAAACAACCAGUCUUGUUACAUGAUUGCUUUCAAAUUGAGUGAAAAUACCCAUGUCAUAUUUUGUCAUAUUCCACAUGUUUAACAUAGCAUAAUGUUUCACCAAGUUUAGGUAACGAAAUGACGUCACAUACUCAAUGGAUGCAUUGUGGACCACAUUUAUGGAGCUGAAACGACCUCAAAUUUGACAUGGAAAUGUCCAUUUUCUGUAAUAUUUACUGUAAUAAUCCAUCAUGUGAUAAACAAAGUAUCUUAAAUCUGAUAUGUGACUUAUGAUACUUGUUACAAUUUUUCGUCAAUUGUGCCAAGCGCCCAGUAAAGUGAAAAAUUCUAAGACCCAUUUCACAAAUCAUAUAUCAGAUGAAAAAUCAGGUAAGGUCCUACAUGUAGUUACUAUUGGAAGGUUUCUAAAAGGAAUUACUUCUAAACAAACCCAAAUGUUAUGUCUAUUUAAUAACUGUCCAUAGAUAUUGAUUAAUUUCUGACCAACCUCAGCUUGGUCGCUAUCGACAACUGAAUUUCAUGAAUUCCCACAUAAAACUUAUCCAUCCUUGUGUAAAAAAAUUACCUUUGUCCUACAUCUUGUGAUGGUUGACUGGCACAUCAUUUAUACUUUCAUAUUUAACAAAAACACAAAUAAGACAAAAAAAUCACUACAAAAUCUGUUGCCUUAGAGGAUUUCAAAGAAUGUUGUUUCCUCUGAUGAAAGUCGAGUACUAGAGAGAAUUUUUCUAGGAUAAGGAAUCAGAUAUUGAUUGUAAAGAUUAAAAAAAGGGAUAAAAUAAAAAUGAUUUUCUAAAUUACAAAAAAGCACAUGUUUUAAAAAGAGCUUUAGAUAGCUAAUAUCCUCUGUCCGUGACCUGAGUACUUUUCCUUAUCAUUGUUGCUAAACCCUGUGAAAUAGUUGUUAAUACAGAAAAGAUCAGUUCACAAACUCAUCUCAUGCUAUUGGUUUAAUGAAAAAGUUUAAUUUACCAAAUUUUUCUGAAUUUUUGUUUUGUUUUUUUUUUUGUUAAAAUAUCAUAAGGUUUGACUACUAAACAGUAUCACUUAAUCUUAUAUUUACAUAAUAUGUUUAGCAUAUUAGCUUCAGGUUUUUGUUUGAUGUUGUUUAUGGUCCCAUCUGAAGUCUUUCCUGCUUCCUAUAAGAUUUGUAGGCUUCGAGUCUUUAAAGUUUAAUUAAGUUGAACUCUUUCAAGGUAAUAUAUGUUCUUGGAAGAGAACCAGAAAGUGUUCAUUUCAGAGUCCAGAGUAUGAUUGAUACCUCAAACUUUUGAUCAUCAAUUUUGAAAUUAGUCUGUUUUGUUUAAUAUAUCACUUUGUAGCUUGAGUUUGUAAUUUUCUAUUAGUUCUAGUCAUUUCAUUCCAAAUCAUUUAAUAUUUGAAGCUAAUUUCUCCCUAGUGGUUUAUUUAAUUGAUGAACAUUGCUUCUAUGCCAUAACAGAUGAUUUUACUGUUUUUUAUGAACCUAAACACUGCAGUCAAUGAUUUUUUUUUCUAAUGAUUUCAUAUCCUUUUAUCUUGAAUUACAAAAUUUCUCUUCUAAUUAACUCUCCUUCAGAGUACCCAGAAGGAUCAGUGAUGAUGUUGUCAAGAAAAGAUGGGAUAAUUGCAAAACAUUUUGAGAUUAUUUAAAAAGAUAUUUACUAGGUACACAGGAGAUAUAAUUUUAAUUGAAUAUUGGUUUUGGUGGCUAAUGAAUUUGGCAGGACUUAAUUACCCUCAUGAAUCUUAGUUUUUAACCUGGAUUAGGGAUUUCUGAAUGGACAAGACCGACAACAAUAAAAACAGCAUUAUGCAAGAUCUACAGACAAAUGAAUUUAGGUAUAGCACAUAGGUCACUAAACUGUGCAAAGACAAAUAUCUUGUGGAGGGUUUUGCAAAUCAUUAGACAACAAAAUGCUGCUCCAUAUUGAUAGCACUAAAUAACUGGGCUAUUAUCAUUAAUGGAUAAAUUUCUAUUUGGAAUUCACAUUCAGAUAUACACAGAUAUUUCCUUUAUAAUGAUUGGACAAUGAUUUUGUUUGUUUGCUAAUUAACAUUUUGUAAUUUAAAUUAUUUAAAAUUUUUUACACCAACAGAAAUCAGGAAUUUGAGCUUAAUUAUACAAUGAUAUUGCCCUUCCUUAUCAACCUUACCAUUGUUUGAGAAUUACGUCGCUUUUGUAAAUGUUGAAUGACCUAUAGAUUUAAUAAAGACCUUGAAGUGCCAAUAAUGAAACUAUGCACUCUUUGAUCUUGUCAUGAAGGCAAUUGAUUUUUUUUUAUACUUUGAUAGUCAAGUAAUGAUGUAAACGAUUAAAAUCUACCUCGUUUAA